AUGGACCUAGCCAAGCCUGUCAAGUCUCCCAUGGCUUCUUCCACACGUCUUUCUCUCACUGAUGGUCCUGAAUUUUUUGACCCAACUUUACAUCGAAGCACUGUGGGCAGCUUGCAAUAUCUGUCUAUCACUAGGCCUGAUGUUGCCUUUGCUGUUAGCAAAGUUAGCCAGUUCAUGCAUGCCCCAAAAACUUCUCACUGGCAAGCUGUUAAGAGAAUACUUCAGUAUCUCAAACAAACUGCCAAUCUCGGUUUACAUAUUAAGCUUUUCAGUUCUUAUCAUCUUCAUGCUUUUACCAAUGCUGAUUGGGCGGGUUGUCCUGAUGACCGCCGCUCAACCGGUGGCUAUUGUGUUUUUUUUUGGCUCCAAUCUCAUUUCUUGGAGCUCCAAAAAGCAAAGAACUGUGGCAAGAUCAAGUACCGAAGCUGA